CUGCUUGCCUCUUUAUACUUAAAUAGGGUAGAUUUAACCUCAGUAAAGCUCUAAGAUUUACAGGCGCGCGGUACGCUAGCUAUCCUCCUCGAGGAGGAUAGCUGAGGACUGCAAGGAUGUUCAACUUGAAGAGAAACAGGAGACAGAGCCUUUUUCCCAACUGCAAACUAGCAACCCCUGAGUCAACAGACGAUGCCGUUCCAUUUGCUAAACCGUGUUUGUUGAAACACUGGAACUCAUCAGGUGAACUAAAUACGGGUAUCUAUGACAUCUUCGGUGACGAUGAGGAGGUUGAGAACCAUGGGGAACCAACGUUGUGGUUCACAAGCGCAUCGCCCAGCAGGAAUUGCAUGCUCAACCUCAACGUUGGUGGAAAGUCCUACCGCAUCACCUACAAAAUGGCAGCAAGAUACCCACAGAGCAGAAUCGGCCGUCUGGCCACUUACACGGACCUAAACAUGAAGCUGAACCUCUGCGAUGACUAUGUGGUGAAGGACAACGAGUAUUUCUUCGACCGAGAUCCAGACGUCUUCAACAGCAUCUUCAACUUUUACCGAACCGGCGUGCUGUGGAUCAAAGACGAGCUUUGUCCAAGGAACUUUUUGGAGGAGAUCAAUUAUUGGGGCGUGCGGAUCAAAUACUCGCAACGGUGCUGUCGGAUCCUGCUCGAGGAGAAACACGACGAAUUGUGUGAACAGCUCAAGGUUGAGAAGGAACUGGAGGCGGAAGUGGAAAUCGAAGAAAACGAGGAGGCGUUCAAUGACAUGCUCCUCGGCGAGAUGAGACGCUCGCUUUGGAACUUCAUGGAGAAGCCGUUCUCCUCCGUACCGGCGAAGCUUAUGGCGGUCGCCUCGAGUAUGUUUGUGCUGGUGUCGCUGGUUACAAUGACUUUGACUACGGUAGAAGAAAUGGAGAACAUGGCAUCUACUAAUGAGUUUAGUGGAAAGACAUAUGGAGAGUUCGUAGAGACUUUGUGCAUAAUCUUCUUCACCGCCGAGUACCUGCUGCGUCUAGUUUCAACCCCAGAUAUCGGUUGCUUCGUUAAGAGCAUGCUGAACGCGGUUGACCUCAUGGCCAUCCUACCGCAGUUUCUCCAAUUCGUGCUUGAAAGCAUUGACACCUUCAAUCCUGGGAAACAAACCACUGAUAUGGAGACUGUCGGUCAGGUGAGCAAGGUGGGACAAGUGUUACGAAUCAUGCGACUCAUGCGUAUUUUUCGGGUGCUGAAACUGGCGCGUCACUCGACGGGGCUCAGAGCGUUUGGCUUCACGUUGAGGCAGUGCUACCAGCAGGUGGGAUGUCUCUUCCUCUUUAUCGCAAUGGGGAUCUUCACAUUCUCCGCCAUGGUUUAUACAGUCGAACAUGACGUUCCUCAUACCAAAUUCACCAGUAUUCCACAUUCUUGGUGGUGGGCAUCUGUCAGCAUCUCUACUGUAGGCUAUGGUGACAUGUAUCCAGAGACUCUUUUAGGGCGGAUAUUUGCCUUUGGCUGCAUUUCCUUUGGGAUCAUUCUGAAUGGCCUUCCAAUCUCCAUCCUCUUCAAUAAGUUCUCUGAUUACUACGCCAAACUGAAGUCUCACGAAUACACUUCCAACAUCAAGAACAGAGGAAAGGUUAACUUCAUCCUGAGAGCAAAGAAGAAACUCAAAGAGUGUGGCUGCAUUGAAACGAAUGACAAUAAUGUUUCAUAGAACUAGUGAAAUCGAUUUGUUAAGAUGUACUGAAUCUUGUCCGAACAAGAUCAUUUUCUAAAAAGCCUCUUAUAUGAAAAAAGUGCCAAAUUAAAUUUUAAAACACAAGUAAUUUUAAAUUAUUAAGUGGAAAAUAGUCUGUUAUUCCUCAUCUCCUGUUCCUGGUGCAUUAUUGAUUGUUUAGUUUUUAUGACAUAAAUACAUUUUUGACACUUAAGUUGUACUAUAGCAUUAAAGUACAUUUUAAUGUUUGGACAUCAUGUUUUAUUUCUACACUGAUGCUAACCUGCAUUCACUGUUGACGCUCUACCUGACCUGGCCUUUUGAACUUGACCUGACUGGCAACCAAAAUAGAAGAUUAAUCUAAUUUACAGAGUUCCCAUGACGCGUCCAAUUAACUGAAUUAAAACUGUAUUUAGCUUUCAAAGACCCAGCAAUUCCUUAUUUGUUCUUAGCAGUUCCAGUGUUUUUGUUCUUUGAGACCAUACAAGCCUUUGUGUUCAGUUAGGUCAAAUUUUCACAACACUUCUCGUUCCAAAGAUGUGUAAAAAUAUUUUGUCAUUCCGUGUCAACUCAACCAAA